AUGCCCUAUGGUCGUAUCCACCGCGUUCUACUGGCGUUCAUUUCUCUGGACUUUAAAGCUGCUCGUCCAUUUGCUGGUUUACUCGAUGUCGGCUCGCAUUGUUACUGCUUCACUUGCAAAACGUGGCACCGCGCAUACCUCAAUUCCACCAAUUACAAAGACUGGGAGGCUGUAGAUGAUGAUUUCUUGAGAGAAGGUGCGGAGAAGUGGCGAGAUGCCCAAAAUAAAGCAGAGCGAAUGGCGAUAGAGGAGCAGUAUGGUGUACGCUACUCGCAGUUCUGGCGUCUUCCUUAUUGGCGGCCCUCGAAGCAAGUGACUACAGACCCAAUGCACACCGGAUAUCAGCUGACGCAACCGAAGGAGGCCAUAUCCUGGACCCCAGUCGAUUCUCCUAUUGUCUUGGAACGUAUCCAGCAGGCCGUCCGUGAAGUUAUUGUUCCAGGAUGGAUCGCAAAACCAUCCGAUUUGAUUGGACUUCCUAGAGGCGGAACACCGAAAGCUGAUAAUUGGCGCACCUUAUUUUCGAUUUUCCUCCCGUUGGCACUUUUGAGCCUUUGGCAAGAAGCAUCACCCAUUGCCGCCGAAGAUGCAGAUGCGAUGGCUUCAGUUUUGCAAACUUCUAUGUACCUCACCUGUGCUGCAAACAAAAUGUCCAAGCACACUUUGUCAUUGCAGGAUCGAGAAGAUUUUCGGGAAUAUCUCCGUUUGCAUAUUGAAGGUCUGAAAAAGAAUUUUCCAGGUUUUAUCCAACCUAGCCAUCACCUUGCCUUCCAUAUCUAUGAUGACAUGGAUCUAUUCAGUGUUGUCCACCACUUCUGGUGUUUUCCCGGAGAACGACUCAUAGGUUUUCUCAAAAGAAUUCCUAUCAACCAUAAGAUUGGUAUGAACUCAUUUCUAUCUCUCUUACUAUUUCGCUGA